AUGGAGGAGCAGAAAGCAGGACGAAGUGAUAGCAUGAAGAGAAGUGAGUCAGAAUUGGCCCUUCAAGAAGUCAUCAAGAUCAACAACAACAACAGCACAACAACACAUGAUGCUAAUAAUGAUUUUUCUGCUGAGAUUGAUGGCUUCUUCAUUGGCAGUCCAAUUUCUGCUAAUAAACCAACAGUCAAAGAUAACCAAACCAGAGUAAAUACCAGUGGUUCGUCGCCUGAGCAAUCUGAUGAUGAAGAUGGUCCAUCUGAGCAAAGCACAGACCCUGUUGACAUAAAACGUAUUAGAAGGAUGGUUUCAAACCGGGAGUCGGCUAGACGAUCAAGGAAAAGAAAGCAAGCACAUUUGUCAGAUCUUGAAUUUCAGGUUGAUCAACUGACAGGAGAAAAUGCAUCUCUGUUCAAGCAACUUUCAGAUGCUACUCAGCAAUAUCGUUCUGCUGAAACGAAUCAUCGCGUGCUUAACUCAGAUGUUGAAGCUUUGAGAGCCAAGGUGAAGUUAGCAGAAGAUGUGGUUGCUCGAGGUUCCGUGACGUGUAGCGUUAAUCAACUUAUUCAGAAUCAUCUAACUUCAUCUCAACUACUCAAUAAUCCUAACUUACAUCUGAUGCCAAAUGUCUCGCCAACUAUCACAAUCCAGGGAGAUGAUGCAUCAUAUGCCGGACUGUCAGUGUCUGGACAGAAUUCAGGACUUGGGCUUGGAACUACGGAUAUCGGCAAUGGCAAUCUUCAGAGUGGCAUAUUAAGUGAUGCACCAGUCUGGGGUGCUGGAUUUGCAUGGUUUCUUCUCGGUGAAAGGUGGGGUGCUACUGGUUGGAUUGGGGCUGCUCUAGCGCUUUUCCUUUCUCAACAUGUGCGUGGCCAGCAAAUCCUACUUAGGAGAAGAUAUAGUCAGAGAAAUUCUAUUAAGAUUGCAGCCGCAAUCCUCGCUUCGCUUCCAGACAGUGUGCAAACACUGGUUGGCUCUCAUAACAAGCUCCGAAUUUAUUGCUGUCCACGGCCAACGUCGACCGAAGCUCUCUGUCGGGUUCACAUCCUGGUUGGAGUGGAAGAUACCUAA